AUGCGUUUCAAGAAAAGUGUGUUGGAACCACUGAAUGAGGGAGGAGUUAUUUUGGGUGACGGGAGUAUGGUGUUCAAUUUAGAGAGAAGAGGGUACGUUCACGCCGGCCGUUUUACACCGGAGGUGGUCUUGGAGCAUCCUGACGCAGUGCGCCAACUUCACCGUGAAUAUGUGAAUUCAGGUGCUGAUGUGUUGCAGGCAUUGACAUUUUUUGCUUGCGAAGCAAAUCUUCGACAAGUUGGCGUCAAAUAUACGGUGAGUCUUCAUCACGAAAAUACGCAAUGUCGCGCAUUCAGUAUCAAAACGUGUUAUCUUUCUCAAAACAAAAGUUUAUAUGCAGGCGAAAAGACAGAUUGCUUAAUCCCCUCGAAAAGUCAACACGAAAGGCAAAAAAACAAGCAUUUUAGUCUAGGAAGGAUAACAAGUUCAUGCCUAUGUGAAGAAAUAAGCAAUGCUGCAUGUAGAAUUGCUAAAGAUGUUGCAGAAGAAAGCGACAGAGAAAUUUUAGUAGCUGGCUGUAUGUGUGAGACAUUUGCUUACACGGGACCAUACAGCAUGAAAGAAUGUGAUGCGGAGUUUGAAGUGCAAGUCCAAUGUUUCAUUGAAAACGAUGUUGAUUUUGUGAUAGCUGAGUACUUCAGGUAUAUCGAAGAGAUGUGUUGGGCAAUAGAAGCAUUGAAGAAAACAAAGAAACCUGUUGUAGCAAUGAUGAACAUCGGAGGAAUGGGGGAUCGAAACGGUGUCUCUACUGGCGACUGUGCUGUAGCAAUGGCCAAAGCCGGGGCUGAUGUCAUCGGUUUAAACUGCUGCUUUGGUCCAGACAAUUUGAUCGAAGCGAUGAAAGAAAUGAAAGAAGCAAUAGAAAGAGCAGGCCUGCGAAGGCACCUUAUUUGCCUACCAUUGGGGUUUUUGACACCAGAUGCAGGCAAAGAUGGUUACCUGGGGUUACCAGAAUACCCAUUUGCUCUAGAGCCCAGAUCAUUAACACGGUUUGAUGCACGCAAAUUUGCACGGAAUGCAUAUGAGGCUGGGGUAAAGUACAUUGGAGGCUGUUGUAACUUCGAAGCUUAUCACAUAAGAGAAAUGGCAGCUGGAUAAGAACAAAAUGAUUCGUAUUGCAAUUCACAUUCAAUUUUGCCAAAAUCUCCAAUAGACUUAAGAUUAAUGUAAAUGUAAAUGAAAAAAGGUUUAAAUGGAGUACUUUUUCGAUUUUGUUUCUUCUUGCUGCCCUGUCGCAUUAAAUAGUAUUUCCAACUGUCUUGCAAAAAAAUUUCCAUUGCA